GCUGCGUAUUGAUUGUAUAAUAUAGACGCUAUUGUAUGAUAUGUGUGUGUGCUGCAGCGGUCACUUCCUGUGUGUUGCAGCAAAUUCUUCCUAUUAUAUUAUUGCAUUCGAAGGGAAACCCCGUCGGCCAUUGGGCAUCUUGAUAUCACAUGGACCAGCCAUCACGUGCUCAGCGAGGCAAUGGGAGGCAUACAGGCGAGGAGAAGUUCGGGGUGGGGUGAUUUUGUGUGUGUGUGUGUGUGUGUGUAAAUCUAGAUAGUAAUACCCCGCCAAUAAUUCACGGCCCCCUCGUAAAAAGGCCGACAUUAAAUCGCCCCGGGCCUACAAAUCAACGGCGCCAAAUUAUGAGUUCGCUGUACUUCGCCAACGCGCUGUUUUCCAAAUACCAACAAGCUGCAGCGAGAUACCCCGCUCUGCUCUUCGCAGACUCUCCAACUUCUCCCUCCUCUGCUUCUCCUGUCGCGUCCUCUUCGUGCGCCUUCUCGUCCAGCGGAUACCACCACCAUCAUGGUUCCAGUGGGAGAGGCAGAGGAAUGCUCCCUUUCCCUCCCUCCUCCUCUACUUCCUUCUCCUCUAAUCCUUCGGCGUUCGGUUCGUCUCUUUCGGGACAGAGCGAGAGCACCGGGGACACUCAGCCCGACAGGCGAUCUCUGAACCCCGCCGAAGCGCUUACAAGGGGGGAUAAUAUCUCGCCUGGAGCUGGGCUGUUGUGCGCCUCUUUGAAGCGAUGCCCCGCGGAGGAGCCUCGGCUCCGCUCGUUGGCCGUUAUGCUUCCGGAGCUGGCCUGCAGGAGGCAGAGUAGCCCGGAGCAGCGAGAGCUAAGCGACGAGAGGCUACGGAUUUACCCCUGGAUGAGAAGCUCAGGUGGAGACGGGCGGAGGGGCCGUCAGACGUACACGCGCCACCAGACCCUCGAGCUGGAGAAGGAGUUCCACUUCAACCGGUACCUCACGAGGCGGCGGAGGGUGGAGGUCGCGCGUGCGCUCGCCCUCACCGAGAGACAGGUGAAGAUCUGGUUUCAGAACCGGAGGAUGAAGUGGAAGAAGGAGAACAAGGAGACGGACAGCGGCGCGCCGAUGGAUUAGCAGGAGUGAGGAGAGCGACUCCGCUGGUUGACGUAACAGACAACAUUAAUUGGUCAAAUUAAACUUUACUUAUGGUAUGUCAAACUACAGGGAGGGAUCUUCAAAAUAAAACAAUUUUCAAAUUGUUUUUAUUAAAUCAGCUUAGAAUAAAGAACGGGAAAGGAAUGGGGAAAUAAUAACUUAGCCAUGAUGGAGCUCUUAAGGGUUCAUUGUUUGCACAGGGAACUUCUUUUGACCUUCUCUCAUGUGAUCUGCAGCAGGAACAGAUGAGAUUGUUGUGGAGGCUGCGAAUGAAACGGUUGCACUUAUGACUUGUGGAUACGAAGCUCAUUGUUGGUGUUUAACGGUGUCCACAGUGUGCUGUGUGUCUAUUUAAAAGUGUUGUGUAUUUUUGUAUUUGGAAGCAUCUCCACAUUGUAAGAUUUCAUUUGAUCCCCACAACCACCAACCAAAUUUAGCGCAAUUUCCGGCUCAUUUAAGGCAAUUACGAAAUGCAACGUUUAUUAGCCAGUAUGCCGGAAAUUGUGUUUAAAAUCCUACGAUAUAACACUCAAUUAAAGGGCAAGUUUUAUUUAUUUUGAACUAUGCCAGAAAUCGGUGUGUUUAAGACAUUCAGUCAACACAAAUCACCUUGUAAUCGAGAUUUUAGCUGCUAUGACUAGUUUUCUCAAUAGUCAAAUAAUCCAGUUUGAAUAAUUAACUGAUUCGAUUUGAAUAUAUUAGAAAAAUAAAUACAUAAUUUCAUUUUUAUUUUUUAUAUUUUUUAAAGAGCUGCUAACCCGCAAACAGGAAAUUACGCAGAGCAAAUGCCGAGACGACAUACUAAAUCAAUGCCAAAUAUUCAAAAGGACACGUUUUUCAUGCGCUUAUUUAACUUUAAACAGUGUUUGUUGGUUAUCCACUUGAGCAUAGCGAAUAAAAAUGGUAUAUUUGUGCUGUUUUUGUUUCUGUAUUUGCACCACUGAUUGCACGUUACUGCUCACAUCCUGACUAAAAAUCAAUACUCUUGUUUGCAAAUAAUAAAAGAAAACUGCACUGA